CAGAGGCAAAUACGCGACGGUAUGCCGCUGCGUGCAUCGUCAGACAGGUUCGGCGUUCGCCGCGAAGUUCGUGAAGAAACGUCGCAGGGCUCAGUGCCAACAGAGGGAGAUCCACCACGAGAUCGCGGUGCUGAUGCAAUGCAGGGGCACUGGAAGGGUGGUCAGGCUGCACGAGGUGUACGACCAACAGCACGAGAUGGUGCUGGUGCUCGAGCUGGCUGCUGGCGGCGAGCUGCAGCAUAUACUGGACCAGGGGCACUGCUUGCAAGAGGUGGAAGCUAGGAAAGCAAUGAAACAAAUAUUAGAAGGCGUAGCUUACCUUCAUGAUAGGAAUAUCGCACACUUGGACCUGAAACCACAAAACCUCCUACUAUCAGUUGAAGACUCAUGUGAAGACAUCAAACUCUGUGAUUUUGGCAUUUCCAAAGUGCUACAACCUGGUGUUACAGUACGAGAAAUAUUAGGUACUGCAGACUACGUAGCCCCGGAAGUGCUGUCGUACGAACCGAUCGGCCUCAGCACGGACGUGUGGAGCAUCGGCGUAUUGGCGUACGUCCUUCUGUCCGGCUUCAGCCCUUUCGGCGCUGACGACAAGCAACAGACUUUCCUGAAUAUCAGCCGAUGUUCGCUUAGCUUCGAACCCGAACAUUUCGAUGACGUCUCAACGGCGGCGGUGGAUUUCAUCAAAUCGGCGCUGGUCGUCAACCCCAGGGACCGGCCUUCGAUUCACGAGAUGCUGGAUCAUCCGUGGAUCUCCUUAAAGACAAAUCUGCCAGCCCAACUGCCGUCGUCGACAACGAACACCUCAAACGAGAACGGACACUACCAGACAUCCUCAUCUUCGUCAUCCACACUACCUCAACCAAGGUCCACACCGAUGACGCAACGCAAAAGCUUCUCGUGCCUGCCCUCCAUAGAGUCCUCUCCAGGCAGCAGUAGCAGCGCCAUGGGCACGGUGACCGCGACCGCUUCCCCUAAACCUUCCUCCUCCUCCUCCGCCGCCUCAUCCUCAACGACAUUCUCCUGCAGCAACGAGGGCGCAACAGCCACAGCGGUCCUUCAAUGCCUGUUGUGCGGACCCACCUGCAGGCGGCACCACCAUCACCACCACGGUGUUAGGGUAGGGGUAGUUGCGGGUGGUAAGGCAUCGCCUGCGCCCCCUAUAGCCGCAGCGGCGCUGGAUAGGGGCAUAUUGUGCUAGCGGUGGUGGGUUGUACAAGGGCGUAGGGGUGAUACGGUGGUGACUAUGGCCACAGCGGCAGCGGGUAGUUGAUAUAUGGAACUUGGUGUACAAGGUGAGAAGGCAAGGUGAUGCAGUUAGGGAUGUUGGGGAACAGAAAUUUAAAAAAAAAGACGAAAAUUUGUUUCUUAAGGCUACAGAUUCACUAUUGGUGGCAGAUUUGGAGUGCUUCAUGUCAGAAUACAUAGGAUAUUGGGUCAGAAUUGCUACAAACAGACAUAGACAAAUUAAAUUAUAUGUCAAAUGAAUCCUGACAAAAUACUCCGGUUCUGCAGUGUCCUAAACACAUCCAAGUGGCAUCUUUGAAAGAGGAUCAAGCCACCAACUAUCAAGAGAAGUCCCGUAGUCCAUACGUAAUCAGAUAUGUAAUAUUUAUAAAAAUAGUGACUUUUAGGUUUUAAGGUGGCACGUCCCUUUUUAUAGAUUUUUUUCCAGCUACCUGAUUGCAUCCAUAUUCUAAAUCCUUUUCAUCUGAUGAUUUCAUGGUGUCUAUAGAGUU